AUGAAGAACGUCGAAAGUCGUUUAAAAAAUUUACAAACUUACGACCUACAAACUGCGUUUUUGUCUUCUUUCAUUAAGAAGGUUCAACCAAAAAGACGCAAAACAGACGCAGCUAAAGAAAAACAUUAUAGCACAGUUAUAACUUUGUUGGGGAAGCGUGUAUAUAAAAGAUAUUUUUUAAGCACUUUUGACAUAAGUUUGCGCCGAUUUCAAGUUCAAAAACGGGGAAUGAAAGAACUCCCAAACGGCCGCAAUGGAGGUGAUCUUAAACCUCACCCCACUACAUUUGAUGAUAGAGAAUGUGGCAAAAAGGACACGAUAUAG